AUGCGUGGUUUUGCCAAACUCUGCGCCUUGCUGGGCGUGUUUGGCCUCGUGAGCACCGAUGUGGAGUCCUCAGAGACUUCCCUCACCGCGGACGAUGAGUGCAGCGGUGAAACCUGCGCUCUGAAUGCCUUGCAGCUCCGUGCUGGAUCUGUGGAGGGCAACGUUUCUGCGGACCUGGCCCUCUCGCAGGAGGGUGGCAACGCUUCUUGGGCUUCCUGCGCUGCCUACGGCUGCCACGGCUACAGCCGAUACAGGCCCUGCCAGUGCAACAGCAAGUGCAAGUACUAUCACAAUUGUUGCGGAGACUACUGGAACAGGUGCUAUCGUCACCCGUCGCCGCCGCCUCCUCCUCCCCCUCAGUCGAAAGCUUCAUGCGCGGCGAUCCCAUCGUGUGCCCACCUGAGGCUCCACGGCGACUGCUGCCCCACACCCCAUGGCGACUACCUCGGUUGCUGUCCAGACAGCAUGGUGCCCCACCCGACCGCACCGCCACCAAAGCUAGAACACGGCCGCCAGAUCCUGACGGUCUACCAUCAGACAAGCCCGCAGAUCUGCAAGCUCAUCCUCGCGAAUGGUUUCAAGCUCGGCCACAGCGGUUGGUGCGGGGGUGCCAUCUACUUCGCCAUGAGUCCGCAGGCAACGAAGACGAAGGCAAUCACCCCACACUCGGGCGUCGGCUGCAUGAUCGAGGCAAAGGUGGAUGUUGGGCGGCAGAAGAAGUUUCCUUGCUGCCGUGCCUGGGACGCUUUCGG